ACUAUGUCAAUAUAUUGAUCAACUCAUAUGUCAUACCGACCCUUACGCACUUAGUGCGCAAUCAUGGCAUAGAGAACUUCUAAAGAAAUUUCGCGAAUUUCCUAUUCAAACCUGUCAAGAUUUGCAAUGAAAAUUUUUAUCUGUCUCCUUUCAAUUCUCUUUCUCACCGCUGCUAAUGCAAACCUCAUCAAGACAAAGAAUUCGACGAGUUGUGACCGACUCUGUGUGUGUCAAGAUUUCAAAUUAGAUUGCUCAAGUCAGAACUUGACAACUGUGCCUAACGACCUUCCUAGCACUGCCAAAAUCAUAUUGCUCAAUGAUAAUGAAAUCCGUAGUUUGUCUGCUAACUUCUUCAGUAAAUUUCCUAAUCUCACACUGUUAGAUCUAUCUAACAAUAAACUGAAUUGCAAUUGUUCUUUGAACUGGACGAAAGACGUAAACUCAAAAAUACGACUUUCAGCAAGAUGUGAAACUCCGUCAUGGUUGAAGGGUCGAUCUUUAAGCAACAUAUCAUCGUCAGAUUUAUGUGGAGUUGAUCGUAACAUUCGUGAAACAACAGCUCGCGCCAAUGUUGUCGUUAGUUUGACUUCACAUUCAGUAGGAUCAUCGUUGAUGACUUCUCAUGAAUUUCGCUUUUCCUCUGUAAAAACUCAAGCAACAUCGUUACUUUAUCAAACGUCCGACGUGAUUGUGGAUAGAACAGUAUUCAAAUCUUUGUCUCCUUCAGCUAUUGGUGUAGCACCCAGCAAAUCAUUGGUAUCGGAUCAAAUACCGAACAACUUUCUUAGUAAGCUUGAAAUUGUCAUCACCUCGAAAACAGUGUCUCCCUCAUCGUCAACAAUAAAGCCAAACAUUAAAGAUGAAAUGAACAGGAAUCUUGAAAAAGCAGUUGAAACAUCAAGUGGUCUUUCCAUCGACUCAAAAUUGCUGAUGGACCUGGUUGAACAACUGGAAAGACAUGUUGACGAGAAAAACGAAAGCGAUGAUAUGACUACUAAGCAAGUCCUUCGGGUUGCAAGUAACAUUAUGAAAGAUGAAAACCUAGAAACAUGGAAUGAAUUAAAUAAGAACUUCAGUGCUGGCGAAAGGAUAUUGAAAGUUAUCAACAAAGCAAUGAAACUUCAGGCAUUUAAAAUGCUCCAAUCUAUUGCAAAUGGUCUGCAAUCUUUUAUUUUUAACGAAAGUAAUAUUUAUGCUGAAAUACAGGUCUUCAAAGCUUCAAAAGUUUCUAGCAAAGAUUUUAAUUUUUUGUCGACAUUGUCACUUGGUGAUGGUUACUUCGAAUUGCCAAAGUCAGAAUUAGCAAAUCUUGGAGAAGAUAGCAUUGCAAUCGUUGGGAUAAGAUCGUCUGUUGUUGGUGAACUGUUGCCUCGGCGUUCAUCAAUUGCUGAUUUCAGCAGUUUUGAAGUGGAUUCAGAUCUUAUUUCAGCAAGCAUUCUCAAUUCAAAUAUAGAAGAAGUUCAAACUCCUUUAAAACUAAUAUUUCGUCGUAAGAAAUUUCUUGGUAAAGCGAAAGAGCUUGCAAAAUGUGUGUUUUGGAAGAGCAAAAGUGGUGGGAAUGGUUGGUCUGAUGAUGGUUGCACAGUUGUAUCACGAAACAAAAGCAUGACAUUGUGUCAUUGCAAUCACAUGACGGAUUUUGCUGUACUUACACAAAGUAUAGCGGUCGUACCCGAGCCGAGUAUUGUUAUGUACAUAGCUGUUAUAUGUCUUUUAGUUGGGGUGACUUUGGCAUUUAUUCGUAACGUGUUUUAUUGGCAUCAAACAAGACGAGAAAGAUUAACUGUCUUAAUACACGAGUGUGCCGCUAUCAUCCUAACUUCAGUGGUGUUUUUUCUCGGACUCUGUAUCGACUAUCAUAAGGUUACAUGUACGAUACUUGCGGCACUACUUCACUGGUUUGUCCUUGCUGUAUUCUGUUGGAUACUUGUCGAGUUUCUUCAACUUAAUCUUUGUGUCCAUUGUGGGUGGAAUAGAAGACAAUCCAGGCUCAAAUAUUUUGCCUUUCUUGGUUGGGGUCUGCCUUUCGUUCUCGUAUUAAUUAUGCUUGCCAUCACGCAAGACAGAGAAUAUGGCUCGAAGAUGUGGUGUUGGUACAGCGAUUCAAAAGUUAUACUUUUUACGUUUGCUUGUCCAAUUGCUCUAUGCAUAAUGCUUUGUAUCAUAUUAAUUUUAAAAAUCGAGUGCCGCAAGUUCAAGGGAACCGAUAUUUCCGAGAAAAAGAAUUUAAGUGUUAUCACUGCCUUGUCAGGACUUCUAAUUCUUUUCGUGGUUUGUACAUUUGUAACUGCUGCAUUAUCUGCUGAUCGUCCUGCGGAAACUAUAUUUCAGUACUUAUUCACAGUUUCUGCUAUUAUAUUGGCGGUUUACAUAUUUGUUUAUCAUUUCUGGCUUGAUAGAGAGAUAUCCAAGCUAUCAGUUUUGAAGAAUGCCGAGAAAUCCCGACCAAAGCGGGAUUAUUACAGUACGAAAGAGACUGUCAUGUAUUCGGAAGGCACGUCAGAAGGCAAAAGCUUUAGUUUGAUAUUCCCUUCACGUAAGUCUCCAAAAAAGAAACACAAGAAAAGUGACAAGAAAUCUCCAAAAAGAAGUGAAUCCUCCUCUGAGUUUGAUUACGAUGCGACCCUUCCUAUGUACCCUACCAUCAACGAUGCUUCUCUAAAAUCCUUUAAAAGCCAAGUUUCAACGCAUCAACACACGUUAGAUAAACCUCCAAAUACGGCUUCAGCCAUCAAGAUCUCUAGACAUAAUAGUGAAAGCAUUGAGUUGACAUCACCGACUGAUUUGGACCGACGUCCUGAUGGUGCUGAACAAACUGACACAGGUGAUUUUUAUGGCUCAAAGGACAGCAAUCCCCUGGAAGACGAAAGACAACGGACUAGUGGCUGUAGCGCUGAUUGCUCUACCAAUGCCACAACCUUCGGCAAAGAUAAAGUUGACGAGGGAAUUUCAACAAACUCCCGCGAUUCGUGUAUUGAUGGUAAAAAUCGUACAUCUGCAGCCAGUAGCACUCAACUGUCAAGAACAAGCAGGAGUUCAGUCUCUGGGGCUUCACUGCCUAUCCCAAGCGAGGAUAUGUAUGAUGAAGAGGUACUUGAGGAUCAACCAUUCAUUAGACGAGACACAAGUACUGGACCAGAAAUUCGUUCAGAUCCUCCAUCUAAGAUCCCUAAACGUCGGACUCGAGGUUCGAGGCGUCGCUUAGAUGACGAACUCAAUGACGACGACGGUAAAGACGGAAGGGUAAAAAAGAAGCGAGCUUCUUCGUCGUUGCCAUCGACUGAUGAAAAUUCGGUAGAGUUAAAACACUUUAGCAAUAUUUUAUCUGAUUAAACUUCGAUUAUCACCGGCAGCAGGCUAUCCCGAUUGCAGACCUCUCUUUGUCAAUUGAUGUUUUAUUUAAAUCCCUUCAAGACCUCCACGGACAGACUUGUGAAUAGAGUUUCGCAAUAAACUAUGACUCCUGGCAUUUGUCCGGCAUCGUGUUCACUCUAGCUAUUUCCAGAGUGCUUUUAUAACAAUGCGAAUGUUACGACUAUUAUGAAUUAUAUCUAUACAUAUCAUGAUUUUAAUAGAAACGGAAUUUAUAAAGAAGUUGUUGCUAGUCUUUUCGGAAAAUUAUUUACAAUAUUGCUACUGCUAUCUUGUUACUCUGUUCUCCAUCUUUAUUUCAAUAAUUGGUGUAUAAGUUUAGCAGUUAAAUAAAUUCGAAUUACUUUUUUUA